UCAAACAAAUAUUUAUACAACGUGUUAUUUAGAAGUAAGAUUUUUCUGUAUACUGAAAAAAGAAUGAAAAUCGAAGAAGUAAAAAGUACUGCAAAGACUCAAAGAAUAUCAGCUCAUACACAUAUAAAAGGCCUAGGUCUUGAUGAAAAUGGUGCAGCAAUACAAGCUGCAGCCGGUCUUGUUGGUCAAGAAAUGGCUCGUGAGGCAGCUGGGAUAGUUGUUGAUAUGAUAAAAUCAAAGAAAAUGGCUGGUAGAGCUGUGUUAUUAGCUGGUCCACCUGGUACCGGAAAAACUGCAAUUGCAUUAGCUAUUGCUCAAGAAUUAGGCAAUAAAGUACCAUUUUGUCCUAUGGUAGGCUCAGAAGUUUAUAGUUCUGAAAUAAAAAAGACAGAAGUUUUGAUGGAAAAUUUUAGAAGAGCUAUUGGACUUAGAAUCAAAGAGACUAAAGAAGUAUUUGAAGGAGAAGUUACAGAAUUAACUCCAAUUGAAACAGAAAAUCCAAUGGGUGGAUAUGGAAAAACAGUGUCUCAUGUAGUAAUUGGAUUAAAAACUGCUAAAGGUACUAAGCAGUUAAAGUUAGAUCCUUCCAUAUAUGAAUCAUUGCAAAAGGAAAAGGUAGAAACAGGAGAUGUAAUUUACAUUGAAGCAAAUAAUGGUGCUGUAAAAAGACAGGGUAGAAGUGAUAAUUUUGCAACCGAAUUUGACUUAGAAGCAGAAGAAUAUGUUCCUUUACCUAAAGGUGAUGUACACAAGAAGAAAGAAGUCAUUCAAGAUGUAACAUUACAUGAUUUAGAUGUUGCUAAUGCUAAACCACAAGGUGGUCAAGAUAUUAUGUCUAUGAUGGGUCAAUUAAUGAAACCUAAAAAGACAGAAAUUACAGAUAAAUUGCGUAAAGAAAUAAACAAAGUAGUAAAUAAAUAUAUUGAUCAAGGGAUUGCAGAAUUAGUACCAGGAGUUUUAUUUAUAGAUGAAGUACACAUGUUAGAUAUAGAAACAUUUACGUAUCUUCAUCGUGCGUUGGAAAGCGCAAUUGCACCAAUAGUUAUCUUUGCAACAAAUCGAGGUCGCUGCAUAAUCAGAGGAACAGAAGAUAUUAUAUCACCUCAUGGAAUACCUCUUGAUCUUUUAGAUAGAUUAUUAAUUAUACGAACGCUUCCUUAUUCUAGAUCGGAAAUAGAACAAAUCGUCAAAUUAAGAGCUACAACAGAAGGAUUGCAAAUCGAAGAUGAAGCUUUAUCAGCUCUUGGUGAAGUAGGUACAAAAACGACGCUUAGAUAUGUAGUACAACUUUUGACUCCCGCGGCAUUAACAGCCAAAGUUAACGAAAGAACAAUAAUAAAGAAAGAAGAUAUUGAAGAAGUAGCAUCAUUGUUCUUAGAUGCAAAGUCUUCUGCUAAAAUUCUUACACAAAAUAAAGAUAAAUUUAUGAAAUGAAUGGGUUCUAUUCGAUUUGAUUAUUACUCGGUUACAAUUGAUAAUUAAGUUUAUAUAGCUUAAGUAUAAGAAAUUCAGUUGUACUAUAAAAUUAAAAUCUUAAAAAUAAACUAACUUUGUAUGAAA